AGGAAGGGAAGACAGGGGGUAGAGAGAACAAGAGCGAGAGGAAUGGGUCGGCCGUCUUUGCUCGUGCUUGUGCCAACGCAGUUGCUCUCUGUCGUUGGCGAGGUGUUUGGCCAGAGAGUCUCCCGUGUCCGGCACUCGCACUCGAACCUCCGGUUCCUCCUCGCCACAGUGGUGUACUCUGCCGUCCAGGCUGCGAUAGUCCUGCUCCUGACAGAGAUCCUGCUCCCGCAUUCAGUCACCGAGGGACAGGGCACGCUUGGCUUGUGGUCGUACUUGUGGGCCCAUCCAUUGCUGUGGACGAACGCGGUCAACAACACCGUGUACUGGACGGCACAGGCGUACCUGCUCCGCGAACCGUUUGGCGUUCUCAUCAUUGUGGUCGGCUUUCUCACAGCCACCUUUGUCCUCGCACCCGUGCAGGUGAUGUUCGGCAUGGAGGUGUCCAAGCCGCUGGCGGCGCUGCCGACCGCGCUCGGCUAUCUUGGGGCGGUGGCAUGCAUCUACGAGGCUUCACCAGAGCUGCUGGCGGCUGUCGCCGCGGCUUUCGGCAUCCGUCUGCCGGCCGGCUGGUCCACGCCCGCCCAGGACGACGCUGUUGUCGCCCGCGGGCCGCCGUUGGUCAUCAACCAUGCACUGCCGCAGAGUGCCGGCGGCGCCUCGCACUCCAUGUCGUCGGCCGAGUCCGACACCGACCGAGACGGGGGCGACGAUGCAGAUAGCCCGAUGCUCGAAGAGCAGCAUGCCGACGUCGAGGCUGCCGCGCACCCGCUUCUCGGGCUCGGGGAGCGUAGAGAAGAUGUUGUCGCUGCCGGUGGCGACAUUCGGCGGAUCGGCUCGGUCGCGCCGUUUGUUGGCAUUCUCAUUGCGUGGGUCUUUCUCGUCGCCACUACCGCAUUCGGUAUCGUCAUCACCACGUACUUUGAAAAGGAGGCCGGGCUCAACAUGUUUGGCUACGCUGCGGUCGACCAAAUCCUCCUCCCGUUCACCACCAUUCCGUUCCUCAUCUGUGUCAACCUCAUGCCUGCCGCGCGGCAGGUUCUCGAGCCGGCACACUCGGCCGAAGAGUCGUUUGUGGCACUUGCCAAGCGGACGUGGCGCGAGACUGCGCUCCUCGACAUGGCGGUCUUCCGCGGCCUCAUGUUUGGACGCGAGUUCCUCUUCUUCUACCUCGCCACCUCGUUUGAUCUCAAUCUCGUUUAUCUCGAGAUGACCCUCAUCCGCAUCGUUCUCUCCUUCCUCGCCUCGGCUAUUGUCUGCAAGUGGGCCGCCACCUUUAUCCAUCUUGCCCGACGCGAGACCCGCCGCACCCUCCAUCCGCUUAACCUCGCUUUUCGGCUCUUUGGUACACUUCUUUAUGACGCUGCCGUGCUCUUGGCUGCCCUCCAAACCCGUGAUCUCGUCCCAUGGCUCCUCGUCUCGCAUGCCGCCGUCGACUCCCGAGGCAACGCAAGUCGCGAGGCUGCGGCAGAGGCAGAGGCUGAAAAGCUGGUACGGACGAUGGUCGGACUCGACCAAGUCGCCAUGCCCAUGGGCAUACUCGUUCACGUGGCAUCAUGGGCGGGCGGCCAUUGGAUGGCUGUCCGCAUGCUCGACGAUGGCUGCUUCUACCUACUCGACUCGGAGAAGAGCUACCCGCGCCGCAUCGGUCGCCGUCGGCUGGUCGACGAGCUCGAUGGCGCCAGUAUUCGUGCCAACCUGCAAGAGUGGGCUGUCGAUGCGCUGCUGCAUCGGCAAGCCACGCUUUUUGUCAUCGGCAGCGCUACCGACGCACCCGCCGGCAGCGGCGAUGCUUCCGGCAGAGGUGAUGAGCUCGCUCUCGCCCUCGCGCUCUCGCUGUCAUCGACAGCACACACAGGCUCUGUGUCAGAUCCAGCUCCAGACUCGGCACCGAGCACAUGGAUAUGUCCCGACUGCACCUUUGUCAACCACGACACGUUGCCGAUCUGUGAGAUUUCUAUCGCUGCACUCCAUGAGUAUGCUCCCAAAGCUGCUGCUGCCCUCCAGUCGGAACCGCUCUUUGCCUGGCAACCCGAAGACGUCGAUCUCCUCACCGCUCCGGCUCGGCAUCUAACGCCGCUAUCAGAGGCAGAGGCAGGGGCAGAGGCAGAGCAAGCGGAUGCGGCGGGAGCGGCCGAUGUGACAAACCGUGGAGCAUCGGCCGUCCGUCGCGCUCGCCGCGCAGGAACCAUCGGGACCGGCACGGGCGCCGUGACCCGCACGCUCUUCUCACUUCCGGCUAUGCUCGAGCGAAUGGUCCUUGCUCCGCUCCUCGACGAAGUGUGGGAGCGGCUGGCGCCAUCGUCUGGCGGUGACGAGUUUGCCAAGCGAGUGGCCGAUCUCAGCAGUGUGCUCAAGCCGGAGCACCUCGACCUGCCGUUACUCGGGCCCGAGGCCUGCAGUGCGCUUGAUGCUGCUGGCGCGCAGCUUUUGGCGCUCGACGACUAUCCGCUGCCCCAUGACAAGAUCCUUGUCCUACUCAACGCGUGCAACGCUGUGUUUGCCGCGCUGACGCCUCCGAGCAGCCCUGCUACCGCCGCCGGAGGCGCUGAGCCCGACAUGCCCAACUCGAUCUCGGCCGACGACUUUCUUCCCUCCUGCACUUUUCCUUCACCCGGCCGAGCGCUCAUCGGCCCGGGCUACUUUGUCAUGCAAGCGUGCUCGGUUGUCUCGUUUGUUGGCACGCUCACUCCGACCUCGCUCUCGCUCACCGGCGACGACGCCGACGCUGUGGCGCUCCGGAACUAUUGCGCCCGCCACCCGCCGCUUGCCUCGUCUGACGUUCUGCCGUGGAUGUCCGGCAUGGGCGGGCCUGCCACGGCGUCGCCGUCGGCAUCGCCACCAGCGUCGUCGCCCGGCCGAGGUAGUCGCGGCAGCAUGUCGGGCUCACCCGAUCCACCACAAGCGUCACCACCUUUGCACGAGUCGGCCGAGGCCGCCCUCGCCCGCGAGCUCGCAACGGUUCGCGCCGAGAGCGAGCGAGCGCUCGCACGGGCUCGGCAAAAGGCAGCCCUCGCCGAGGCUGCGCUUGCUGCUGAGAACGAGCAGCUUCGCGACGAGAUAUCUGCCCUCAAGAGCCAGCUCGUCUCAUCGGAUCCGUCGGGAGUGAUGCGCGCAAACUUGCUCCUCCGCGACCAGGUCGCCGAGCUCGAGGUCCGAGUCGGCGAACUCACCGAAGGCCGCGCCAUCGACGCCGACCUGCUCAACGAGCUCAAGGCGCGCUGUGACUUGUUCUGCGAGCAGAUUGCCUCGCUGUCGGAAGAGGCCGACGCUGCACGUGCUGACGCCGACGAGUGCCGCAACGCCGCCGCUGCCGACGCGGCCCGGGCUACUGAACUCGCCCAGGCGCUCGAUGCUGCAGGCGCCAAGCACGCCGCGCUCGAGGCUGCUCUUACUCGGACCCGCAGUGAGCUCGAAGACCUCAUUCUCGAGCACCACUCACUGCAAGAGAGCCAGACCGCUGCCGCUGCAGCCGCAACAGCCGUCAAACCGCUCGAGGCGCGGAUCGUCGAGCUCGAGGCAGCGCUGGCCGCGGCAAAGACCGCUGCCGCAAGUGCCGCUGCCGAGCGCGACGACGCCACGACCGAGCUCUCCAGAACCUCUCAUGCGCUGGCGGCGCUGCAAGAGGCGAUGGGCAAGACCCGCAAGGCGCACGCCGAAAAGCUGCUUGCGCUCGAGCUGGCAUACGCCGCGUUGGAGGAGGAGAAUGCGCAGCUGGCACAGGCUAGCACAUGCGGAGAAGAGUUCACCAGAGCCGAUGCCGGCGGCGGCGGCGGCGACGACGACGACGGUGACAGCCGCGGUUCGCCUCCCGCUGCGGCGGUCGAGUCCGAGUCUCGGGCCAGGGCUGUGGCAGCGACGACGGCGCGUCUCGAGGCGCAGCACCAUUACGAGGUGCAGUCGAUCAAGCACGCGCUCGCUGAGGCGCUGAGCGAGAAGACGGCGGCCGAGGAGCAGACGGCUGUGGCGGAGCGGCAGGUGCAGAAGGAGAAAAUGCUCAACCAGAUGCUGCAGACCGAGCUGAAGGGUGUGUUGGCCAAGGGCCGUGGCGCCGAGGAACGACUGGCGCGCAAGCUGCGCAAUGCGCAAGAGGCGGCCAAGGCCUCGCUCCGGGCGCGCAACGUAGCCGAAGAAGCGCUGGCAGCCGAGAAGGACAAGGUCGCUGAGCUCUCAGCCUCGGUCUCGGUGCUUGUCGCCGAGGUGGCGCAGCUGGAAAAUGUGCUGCAGGAGAAAGAGUACGCCGAGCUCAACAAGGAGACGUGGGUGCCCGACGCUGACAUGUCGUCGUGCAACUCGUGCGAUGCUCCGUUCUCGCUCUUCCGCCGGAAGCACCAUUGCCGACUCUGUGGACACAUCUACUGCGCCGACUGCUCGUCGAACCGGGUCGCGCUCCCGUCGCAUCCGCAGCCGGUCCGGUCGUGCGACAUGUGCUUUGCCGCCCGCAAAGUCGUCGCCCAGCGGCGGGUCCGGGCCUCGUCCGGCAACGCGUCCAAGCUCAACGCUACGUUUGGCUGAUGGCCACGCGACGUGAGCCCUCGCGAGUAUCCUUCAUUGCAGCGGUUGUCAAGUUAGCUUGACGCAGAUGACCGAGAGGUUGUCGGUGGAACCGAGCUCGAGAGCAGCCUUGAGGAUGGCUUGCGCGGCCGACUUUGCAUCGGGCGAGCGGAUGCAGGUAUCGAUGGCUGACUGAGGAUGGAUGACGUCCCACACGCCGUCGCAGGCAAUAACGAUGCAGUCAUUGUCGGCGGUGAGGACUUCGGUGCGGGUAAAUGGAUCCGAAAUGAUGAUGGACUUCAUGACGAGGUCGCCGAGCGAGCGUGUGACCGCGACCAUGCCGUUGACC